UUUCAUAAACAGUCAUGUGCAUAGUUUAGCAAGGCCCGAUGCCUCUCGAGCGUUUUAUUUUAUAGCACCAUAGAAUCUGCCUCUGCAGAAGUACAGUGAAUCUUGUGGCUUCAUUUGGAACAAAGGGGAUUAGUGGGAGAGAGAAAAAACCCUCUCUCUAGUAAGGCGUUGGAAAACAAGGGCAGGCAGUCUUUGGUUGUGAAUAUUUUCUGAUUUUUCCAGAAAUCAAGCAGAAGAUUGAGCUGCUGAUGUCAGUUAACUCUGAGAAGUCGUCCUCUUCAGAAAGGCCAGAGCCUCAGCAAAAAGUUCCCUCUGCACCUCCACCGCCACCACCUCCGCCACCACCUCCGCCUUUGCCAGAGCCAGCACCACCAGAACCAGAGGAGGAGAUUCUGGGUUCUGAUGAUGAAGAGCAAGAAGAUCCUGCAGAUUAUUGCAAAGGAGGCUAUCACCCAGUGAAAAUUGGAGAUCUAUUUAAUGGCCGAUAUCAUGUCAUCAGAAAGUUAGGAUGGGGACACUUCUCUACAGUCUGGCUAUGCUGGGAUAUGCAGGGGAAAAGGUUCGUUGCAAUGAAAGUAGUGAAAAGUGCUCAACAUUAUACAGAGACAGCCUUGGAUGAAAUAAAAUUACUUAAAUGUGUUCGUGAAAGUGACCCUAGUGAUCCAAAUAAAGACAUGGUUGUACAGUUAAUUGACGACUUCAAAAUUUCUGGCAUGAAUGGAAUACAUGUCUGUAUGGUUUUUGAAGUACUUGGGCAUCACCUUUUAAAAUGGAUAAUUAAGUCCAACUAUCAGGGCCUUCCCAUCCGUUGUGUAAAAAGUAUAAUACAGCAGGUAUUGCAGGGUUUAGAUUAUCUCCACAGCAAGUGUAAGAUCAUCCAUACAGACAUCAAACCAGAAAACAUCUUGAUGUGUGUGGACGACACUUACGUACGUAGAAUGGCUGCAGAAGCGACAGAGUGGCAAAAAGCCGGUGCCCCUCCACCUUCUGGCUCAGCAGUGAGUACUGCCCCACAACAGAAGCCUAUUGGAAAAAUAUCAAAAAAUAAAAAGAAGAAACUGAAAAAAAAGCAAAAGAGGCAAGCUGAGCUACUAGAAAAGCGUUUGCAGGAAAUAGAGGAAUUGGAGCGGGAGGCUGAGAAGAAAAAAAUAGAAGAAAAUGUAACCUCUGCUGUAUCAUCCAAUGAACAAGAGGAUGAAUACCACCCAGAAGUUAAGCUAAAAACUGUUGAGUUGGAAGAAGUAGCAGAUGAAGAACCUGGGAAUGAGGAUGGUGAAACAGAAGAUCAGGAUGAAAAGGAAGACACAGAAAAAGAAAACACAGAGAAAGAUGAUGAUGUUGAACAGGAACUUGUCAAUUCAGAGUCUGCAGAUCCCACUUGGAUAGAAUCCCCUAAAACAAACGGCCACAUAGUAAACGGUCCUUUCUUAUUGGAAGAACAGAUUGAAGAUGACGACGAGGAAGAGGAGGAAUGCCCAAAUGCUGAGCAAUAUAAUCUCGAUGAGCCAAAUGCAAAAUGUGAUUACAGUUAUAGUAGCUCCUAUGAACAAUUUAAUGGUGAAUUGCCAAACGGAUGUCAUAAAAUUGUCGAAUCACAAUUUUCUGAAUUCUCGGCUUCUGUGUUCUCUGGAGCACUAGAUUCCGUAGCUUGUGGUUCAGCUGUUUCUGAAGAAUCAACUGUUACUGAAAGAGAGGGAAGCCCUCCAUCCCAUGAUAGGAGCAGGACAGUAUCAGCAUCUAGUACUGGAGACUUGCCAAAAACAAAAACUCGUGCUGCUGACUUAUUGGUGAAUCCAUUGGAUCCAAGAAAUGCUGAUAAAAUUAGAGUCAAAAUUGCUGACCUGGGAAAUGCUUGCUGGGUGCAUAAACAUUUCACAGAAGACAUUCAGACACGGCAGUAUAGAUCAAUAGAGGUUUUGAUAGGAGCUGGUUACAGUACACCUGCUGAUAUCUGGAGUACGGCAUGUAUGGCAUUUGAGCUUGCGACUGGUGAUUAUCUAUUUGAACCACAUUCUGGUGAAGACUAUUCCAGAGAUGAGGACCACAUAGCACACAUCAUAGAGCUGCUAGGCAAUAUCCCAAGGCACUUUGCUCUAUCUGGAAAAUAUUCUCGGGAAUUCUUCAAUCGCAGAGGAGAACUUCGGCACAUUACCAAACUGAAACCUUGGAGCCUCUUUGAUGUCCUGGUGGAGAAGUAUGGUUGGCCUCAGGAAGAUGCCGCAGAGUUUACAGAUUUCCUGAUUCCUAUGCUAGAAAUGGUUCCAGAGAAGCGAGCCUCGGCUGGUGAAUGCCUUAGGCACCCUUGGUUGAAUUCCUAGCAAAGUCUCCAGCGAUCACAUUGGGCCAGCACCCACUUUCCCCGACAUCAGACUUAAAUGGUGACUGUCAUUAAUUCUCUUAACAGGAUCAUAAAUGAGCUGGCUCCAAAACCCAGACUUUCCCCCCUCUUUUUUUUUUUUUUUUGCUUUGAGGUACUGUUUGACAUUUUGCUUUUUGUGCACUGUGUUCUUGGGAGGAGGAAUAGUCUUUCUGUCUUCAGCUAGUAGUUUUACCGACUCUGCAGAAAAAAACACUUACUAAUGUGUCUUUAAAGCAUUGUUUCUUGUGUUGUGUGGCAUUCAGACAUCAACUUUUGGAACAAAUCAUUCUUUAUUCUCCCCUCAUGUGUUUUGGCAGGUUUUGUAACUAUUUAUGGAAAAAUAUUUUAGCUGAGUAUUAUAUAAUUUACGUGUGAGACAUUAUCAAGUCAGAAUUGAGAAAAUGUACAAUUCUAUCUUUGGACAAAGGGACAUUGUUCUUGUAAAAUAGUCUAUGUAAAUGCACCCUGUAAAUGUUUAUUUCCAUUAAAAAUGGGAUGGGGACACCAA